UUUGUUUGAUGACGGAAGCGUGUGGCACAGCGAAUCCUACAGACCUACCGUACUUCCGGGUUUUCACCACUCCCUCAUCUACUUCAGUGGACCGCUGGUUCUGGAGUUCAGACUUAAAAUUCACAAUUUAACAUCGAAAUUUAGGAUUAUAGUUUUUGCAUAUCAACCAUACUAGUCUUCCAAGAUGGCGACCGAUGCACUCAACCUAGUUCAGCAGCUGAAGCAAGAGACGGGGAAUCUCAGGACACUUGCAGACACCGUCAGCAAGGCCGAACUCACCAAGGAGUUUGGGAGCGUUCUCGAAGAAGUGAUCUCCACCUUGAACUCUGUUAACAAAGAUCUUUGUGUGGGUUCAUCUGUUUUUGUCCAAGAAUAUGAUGACCUCAUUAAUGGUGCAGUUGCUAAUUUCAUCACAAUCAGCAACAAACUUGGUGGUGAUAUUGCAGAGGAGGCGGCCUUGUUGCAACAAGCUUUCCAGGCCCAGCGAGCAUUCAUUGCAGUGGUAGCAGAAUCAAAGACACCAACUGCGGCGGUCUUGACAGAGCUUCUGAAGCCAACUUCUGAAAAAAUGUGUGAGAUCCAGGAAUAUCGGGAUAAGAGAAGGUCUUCCAAGUUCUUCAACCAUUUCUCAGCCAUCAGUGAGGGUGCCCCGAUGCUUGGAUGGGUGACUGUGCCCAACACGCCAGCACCAUACGUCAACUCUAUGGUCUGCUCAGCCACGUUUUAUACCAACAGAAUUCUCAAAGAAUACAGGGAAACAGAUGCCACGCAUGUUGAUUGGACAAAAGGACUUGUCAAGGUCAUCCAGGAGCUAGAGGAGUAUGUCAAGAAACACCAUCUUACCGGUGUCUCCUGGAACAGGCAGGGCAAGGAUGCCAGUGUACCAGCUGCAGGAGCAGCUCCACCACCACCAGCCCCUGCUGGUGGUGCCCCUCCCCCACCACCACCCCCAGUCGUUGCACCCCCGUCCGGUCCUGCUGCUCCAGCUUCAGAAGAUGACUCAAGGGGUGCUCUCUUUGCUGCGCUUAACCAAGGAGAAGCUGUUACAAGCGGGUUAAAGAAGGUGACCAAUGACAUGAAGACCCACAAGAACCCUGAGCUGAGGAAGCAAGUCAAGCCUGUAUCCUCCUCCCCCAAGCCCUACAAGGCCCCUGCUGCGGUCAAGUCUGUAGCCGCUGCCAAACCAGCCCAGGUCAAGAAACCAGCCAGCACUCAGCUGAAUAUGAAGAGAUGGGAUGUGGAAUACCAUUCGCAAAAUCAAAACAUUGUUUUGGACGAAGCCAAUAUGAAGCAGACAGUGUACAUCUACAAGUGUGACAACAGCGUCAUCAACAUCCCCGCAAAAGUCAACUCCAUCACUAUCGAUGGAUGCAAGAAGGUUGGUGUUGCCUGUGAGAGUGUUCUUGGAGCUCUGGAUAUUGUCAACUGCCAGAGUAUAAAAUUACAGAUCCUUGGCCAGGCUCACAUUGUGAACAUAGACAAGACAGAUGGUUGUAUGGUGUACUUGAGUGAGAAUUGUAAGGGUGCCGAGAUCAUCAGCGCCAAGUCGUCUGAGAUGAACGUCCUUGUCCCCAAUGCUGAGGGAGAAUUUACGGAAUUCGCUCUUCCAGAGCAGUACAGAAGCGUGUACAGUGAGGAAAAGAAAACCAUGGUCACAACCAGUACAGAAUCCAUGGGAUAAACUACGGCUUCUCUUCCAUAGUCAAAAUCAUGAGGCAGAUAUAUUAGUGUAACCCAGUAGCACCAAACAGCCGCAAUUAAAAGCGUUCGGUGGUUGCUAUGGCAAAUUUUAUUAUGAUUUCAAAUGCUAUAUGACUAAUUAUGAGAAAUUUUAUGAUCACUUAUUUCAUCCAUCACUCGAGUCGGAGACAAAUUUGCAAAGAAAUGAUUGGUUAUCAAUAAACACAUGCUUAUGCCAUUGUUUGUUAUAAUCAAAUAUGUAUUUACAGUUGCUUUAAACUGAUCACAUUAUGUUUAGAAGUUUGUGAUAUUAGCUUUAAAAGUUUUUAUUAGUUUCAUCUUUUCAAUUUACGCAACCUCAUUAGUUUCAGUUAGAGAUCGCAUGGUCAUUGAAAUCAUUGUCAUGUUUUUUUAGAAGUAUUUUUGUAAUAUGUUACCAUCAUUUUAUGACUAUAAAUGUGAUUGAAGGCAUUUGAAUUUAUAAUCACUUAUAUGGAUAACACAGUAUUAUUCAAUAAAAGAUAUGUGGUUAAUCAUAACUUUCUUCAUACUGUCCUUAAACAUUAUGGUGGAGGUUCUCUUGUGAUGUGAAAAUGAUUUAAGAUACGGUUUACUGGUAGUACACAAGAUCAUGAAUUACAAUAUAAGAUAUUAUGAUGACCAUGUACUUCUUAACAAAAUAUAUAUAGGUACUACAUGUAUGUCUCAUGAGAGUAUAUGUGAAAUUAAGUUCAUCAAAAAAUAAGAGCAGGACUUUAUGCUUGUGAUGGUAGCCAUGACCCAAUGUUGAGUUUUAUGAGAUAUAUAUAUUUAUAUUUAUUUUGCCACGUAGUCAAAAUUAAUGACUUUAAUUUGAUGUUCAGUAGUGAUUCUGUUUAGUUCAUCAGCAUUCAAAAAUGUUUAAGUUGCAUGGAGAUUUCUGUGAAGUUGUUUUUCAUAUAAGAGAUGAGAUGCUACAUCACAUGGGCUUGGUUUGUUUUUAUAAAUGAUGUUUUAAUUAAUAGAUUUAAAAUCAUUAUUUUAAAUGAAGAUCGACACAUUGCAAUAUUUUCUGUAAUUUCUGUGUGAAUGAAAGCACCAUGUACAAGUACAUGUAUGUUUGCCUGAAACAUCACCCAAGGUGAUAAAAAGGCUUGAACUGGAAUUAAAUUCAAUACUUAGUCAGAAAUAUGAGUGUUUUAUUCAACUUUCAGCUUCGGUAAAAAAAAACUCAGCCAACUUUGGUAUCCAGUUGUAAAGUAGUUUACACUCACUUUAAGACAACUCCCUAGCUGACUUAAGCCAAUUAUUUUUGAGGCCUUGAGUGGCAGGCACAUGGGUUUUCAUACACAGUCGUCAUUCAAGUUAGCUAUGCACAUUUAGAUGCGGUUGUUGCACAAAACUUUGGAUUGGCUAAGUCUUGUCACAAUGGUCAUCAGUAUUUUGAUUUUCCAAGAAUAGAGUUAAAAGAACAAAUUUCCUUUUGUAGAAUAGUUUGCUUACAUAUGUGCCUGUAUGUUAUGACAUGAAUUGUUAGUUAAACUGAUGUAAGAUUUUGGAAGGGGAGGGGAGGGUGAGGGUGAGAAUGGGAAUUUAACACCGGAAAGAAGAAAGAUACUUAUUCUCUGUGGUAUUGUUGUUAGAAUUAGAGAACAACAGUGCAUGAACUCAAAGUCUCAAACUGUACUAACCUUACAUGUAGUUAAGAUACAAGUUUACAGGAAAACCAAUGUUUAUCUUUAAUUAAACAGAAAUUUAGACAUGUUUAUAGGUUGUUUUUUUAUAAGGAGAAGAAGAACUCUGACUAAGAUAUGUAUGAUUUUUGUGGCAAGAAUAUGGCUCAUACAUGCAUGCCUUAUGGGUAAGAACGUACUUGGAUAUGUGUGAAUGCAAAGCAAUAAAUCUGCUCAGUUUGGAAAAGGA